AAACUGCGUAGCGCGACAAAAGUUGUCGACGUCAUCACGGCGCAGCUCAGCAAAUUAAUUUUAAUGUACCUUUUACGUUUCAAACAUUCAGUUGUUCAGAAUUAACGCAACCCAAAUUGGUAACCCUGUGAAGAGGUCAAUUUAUUUGGGCUUGAAAAAAUCCUCAAGUCCGUUAAAAAAGUGACUCAAAAAGACCGUUGACAGGCCGAAAUCCCAUAGACAAACAAACCGGAAAGAAGUCCUCCAUAGGAGUUCACACACUCGGAAACGCAGCGACACUAGGACAGCAGGAUCGAAGGCAAGGAUUGUAACCCAGAUUCCAGAAUGGGUGGCUCGUCAGUGCAGGUGAUCAGCGCCUCCGAGGAGCACACGUUUGUGCUCAAUGAGGAUGCCUUGAGCGAAGUCCUUAUGCGGGACGAGGUCAAGGAUCGGUUCGUCUGCGUGGUUUCGGUGGCGGGAGCCUUCCGAAAGGGCAAGAGCUUCCUGCUCGACUUCUUUCUGCGCUAUAUGUACUCAAAGUAUGUCCAUCAUGAUGUGACGGAUUGGCUGGGUGACGAAUCAGAGCCCCUGGAAGGUUUCUCCUGGCGUGGCGGCUCCGAGCGAGACACCACCGGCAUCCUCAUGUGGUCCGACAUAUUCCUGCACGACUAUCCCAACGGCGACAAGAUAGCCAUCAUCCUGCUCGACACACAGGGCGCUUUCGACAGCCAGAGCACAGUGCGCGACUGCGCCACCGUUUUUGCGCUGAGCACGAUGCUGUCCUCGGUGCAGAUCUACAACUUGUCACAAAACAUCCAGGAGGAUGACCUGCAGCACUUGCAGCUCUUCACCGAGUACGGCCGCCUGGCGCUGGCCGACACCGGCAAGAAGCCCUUCCAGCGCCUCCAGUUUCUCGUUCGCGACUGGAGCUUUCCCUACGAGGCGGAGUACGGAGCCCUGGGCGGCGAUAAGAUACUGAAAAGACGGUUGGAGGUAUCCGACAAACAGCACCCGGAACUGCAGUCCCUGCGUCGCCACAUCUCGUCAUGCUUCACAGAGGUGGCUUGCUUCCUCAUGCCCCAUCCGGGCCUCAAUGUGGCCACCAAUCCAAAGUUCGACGGCCGGCUGAAGGACAUUACGCCCGAGUUCAAGAACAGCCUGCGCACCCUGGUGCCCAUGCUGCUGGCUCCGGACAAUCUGGUCUACAAGGAGAUCAGUGGCCAGCGGGUGCGGGCCCGCGAUCUCAUUCAGUACUUCCAGUCGUACAUGAACAUCUACAAGGGUAACGAGCUUCCCGAGCCGAAGAGCAUGCUAGUGGCCACCGCCGAGGCGAACCACCUGACCGCCGUGGCCGCCGCCAAGGAGCUGUACCAGCAGCUCAUGGAGGAGGUGUGCGGUGGAACGCGGCCGUACUUAAGCACCGCCCACUUGGAGACGGAACACUUGAGGGUAAAGGACAAGGCGAUGUUUCAGUUCGCCGCCAAGCGCAAAAUGGGCGGCGAGGAGUUCACCGAGAAGUUCCGCCUGCAGCUGGACGAAGAUCUCGAGGAAGUCUUUGUCAACUACCGAGCGCACAACGAGAGCAAGAACAUCUUUAAGGCGGCCCGCACCCCGGCGGUGUACUUUGCCUGCGCCGUCAUCAUGUACAUCCUUAGCGGCAUCUUUGGCUUGGUGGGGCUCUACACGUUCGCCAACUUUUGCAAUUUGGUUAUGGGAGUCGCUCUGCUCACGCUGGCUUUGUGGGCCUACAUUAGAUAUAGUGGCGAACUGAGCGACUUUGGUGGCAAGUUGGAUGACUUUGCCACGCUCAUGUGGGAGCGAUUCAUGCGUCCCAUCUACCACGGCUGCAUGGAAAAAGGCAUCCAGCAUGUGGCCACCCAUGCGACGGAAAUGGCUGUCGGCGGCGCUGGAGGUGCGGCCGCCUACCGCUCCCAAAACUCGGUGAAUGCGUCCAAUGGCAAGGUGAAGCGCUCAUGAGAAUACGCCCAAGGAGCGCAGCACAAGACGCAGCAGCAGGUGCCGCCGCAGCCGCCGCGGGCAUCUACCAGCACCACCAACAACAAUAAUAACAACAACAAUAACAACAAUGUGGCAUAUAAAUCAAACAAGAGCAGCAACAUUAACGAGGCCGACGGUUUCAUCCACAACAUCUGGCGUAAAUUCGGCGGCGUUAACGAAGAAAAGGCCAAAGCCACCCUUAGUCCAGCGGCCCAAUCCACAACCCAGGCGCCAAAUAGUCGCAAAAAGCGCAAAUCGAAGCGCAAUUAAGUGUCCACGAACCAGUGGAGCACGGUUCGAGCCUCUCCAGGAUCCAUUUUCGAUAGGACGACCCCUCUAAUUUGUAUAAAUCUAAAACUUUCUAUAGUGUGUGAGAGAACCAGAAACACAAAACGUCUAGCUAUUAAUUGCCCUAAAAGGAAGUUGUUUUUAUAUUGCAUUAAUUGAAGUGUAGAUGGUCUAUAUUAUUAUAUAUACUUAAGAGUAAGUGCAUCAUUAGUAAGUGGCUCGUGUCUGUUGAGAAGUGAAAUUUUAAAUUGUUUUUUACUUACGAUAUGCGUCUGAAGCAGAUAUAUGAAAUUUAACGCUGUAAUAUAAAGAAAUCGCUAACGAAUUUAAUUUGUUUAAUUUUCCAUCUAAGGCGUAUAAACCCCCUUUCACCUUGCCUGUUCCAUCUUAUCUCAUCUUUGGUAUAGAAUUCCAUAAGCAAUCUAUGUAUAAACAGAGUGCACAUUGUUGUUGGCUGGUUUGCUAAGCGCCUCAUUUUGCCACAUUUUGUUAUUUAAAAUUAAUUUCCAAAAAAUAAACGAAAACGAAAAAAAAAACGAAGUCAUUGCCAACCAUUACAGUUGAACACAAAUCGCAAUGCUGGUAUAGGUCAUUAGUUUAUCUUGUGCAGUAAAAGUAUAGAAGUCUUGGUUUUGUUUCGAUUAAACAAUAAAUGUAUUUAAUGAUAACAGCUCACUAGCAGUUAUGGCCAUCGAGAAAUAAAAGGAAUGAAAAUGCA